GUCAGCAGUUCUUCUUUGAACUUCACAUUCACGAUGAGGAAAUUAAUAUCGUUGUCAUUGCUGUUGGUUUUGCCGAUUGUGAGACCUGAUCUGACAAUCCCAAGCACUAUCCCAGGAGUAUCUAGUGGAAGUCUGGACAUAUCCGGUAACAUCGUGUCCAAUGUGGAUCGUAUCCAGGAUAUUCUCAAUCAGUUUCAAUCGAUCGUACAAAGUUUGUACUAUAUUCAGACCCCGGAACUUGGUCAAGCCGCUGAGAAUUUCCGUUAUGUUAUGGAUAGUUUGGUUGAAGUUGGGAACCCUGUAUUCCAGUCAUUGUCAACAGUCGCCAAGAUAUCUUCGGGAAAUAUAACACGAGCCUUCAAAGGAAUCAAGGAUGAUGUUAAUAUUGCUAUAGAGAUAAAUGAUGAACACGUCCGAUUAGUGAAUAUGACGAUGCAAAUUUUAGGAGUUAAUUCAACUCUUUAUUUUGGUGGAAUCUUGAACAGCCUGGCUUCGAAUCUGAGAAAUAUGACGGAAAUAUUGAACAAUAUUGAAAUUGCGAUAAGCGAAAUUAAAAGUCAGAACUCGCAGUCUCAAGCGGCUGUUAGGGCUCUAUUGCCAAAUAACGACAUCAAAGCAUUGAACGCAGUUCUUCGGCAAUAUAUUUUGACUGGAGAUGCAGCAAUCCCCCAAAUCAGGUCUAUUGUAAAUCGAGUCCAAUCGGUCGAUAAUUUUCAAAGUCGAAUGUCUAAUACAAUUAAUCAACAACGUCAAUAUCUGAACUCAACAUUGGCACGUAUAGUUCCCUAUUUGCAAUCGAAUGUGAUUAGUCGUUUCCAAAGUAGUCUAACGGGGUUGCAGUCACAAGUAGUUAGCAGAAGUUCUAGGGCAGCAGUAACCCUUUCAAAUUUCAUUAUGCAAUCGAAUGUAUUAGGUGCAUCAGCAAACCAAACUAUACCAGUGAUCCAAGCACUGGCCCAGAAAGUAUCCAACGAUGCGAACAUCCUACUGCAGCAAGUAUCAGGGCUUACAGUGAAUGAAGCAAUGCCUUAUGUGCUAAUGAACGAAACUGAAAGGUUAUUAAAGGAGGCUAGCCGUAAUUUGACCAUGUCAAUAACACAACGGCUUCGUUUCGCGGACACAUGCUAUUCUCGGUACAACAGCGACUUUGAUCGAAUACCUCGCAAUGCCUAUAGUCAGGUAUACACGUGUGUUUGGGAUACUGCUUCGGAUCUUACUACCACUGCGCUUAAUAUGAAUUAUGUGGUUCAAUUAGCUCUUGUUGAUUUGAACAAUGGACUACAAGCAGUGGAACGCUGUACGAACAUGGUUUCACGAACCUCUCCGGAAAUGACAGUAUACCAGGCUGCCUCUUGUCUGAAUGACGCACGAUCGUACCUUCAAAAGCGAGAAGUUUAUACUCAACAGAUGGCGAAUUAUCAGAUUUUACUUCGAAAUGAAAUUUCGUACAGUGCCCAGCGUUACAACUUCUGUAUGGUGACAACGUUGAGACAGGUUAUGACUCAGGUUUCAUAUUUAAAAGCAUCGGUUGAUAAGUGCUUGAACGGUGGUCCCAUACUUACACCGUACAAAUGGUCGGUAAGCGUUGGAUUCGGUUGGGGAGGACGAGGAGGACGGAGAAAGGGUGGAAGAAGAGGCUGAGAAAAAUCCGUCCCAAAAUUGUGAUUGGAUAGUACCACGGAAACUAAAAGAUAUUUUUUGUACACUAUAUUCAAAUCAAUAAAUGGAAUCAGGUUGUAUGACUA